GUUGUUCUAGCUUGAAUUUAUUCUCUCCUGGUAAGGUAGAAUUCUGACUUUGUGUACUAUCUACUUGACUCAGCUGGAUCUAGAUUCUUGCCACUAGAAUUGUUGUAUUGUAAUGUUGAUUCUGUAGUGUUGCUUCAAAGUGUCUGUUGGUCUAUGCUAAUUGGUUCUUUCAGGUGGCUAAUCAAUAAGGUGUGAAUUGUGGGCAGGACCUACCAAGAUAUUUUGAAGGUUAUCCGCUAUAGACACUAGUGUCUGUAGUGAUCAGAAGCAUAUUCUACAAGGUUAGAUGCAUAAAUUUAGACAGAAAGUGUCAAGUUUAGUAGUGUUUAUUUCUUCUUGUUCAGUCAAGUGUUACCGGUUCCCUCUCAGCCCUAUUUUCACUAACCCCACUCCUGACUAGGCUGCAGAAAUGUGCUCCAACCCAUCUCUGUUUUCACCUCUCACAGACCCAGAAGCUCUCAUGCAAAAACCAGAGGCCAAACUACCAGUAACCUCAUCUACCCUCCUCUGUUGUCUCAGUCUGAAACAGCGGUGUCAAGCUACACGUGCUAUUCCUGAGAUGCCAGUGAUCUUGACCCCUUCUGCUCUCCGGAUCUGCCCAAUCCAUCCUGUUGCCCUACUUCUGGUUGGAUUUCUCAUCAUUUGGAGACCACUCACUGCUGGACAGCCUAAAGUGACAUGAGAUUACUGUGGAUGGUACCACUUAGAAACCAUGAAGAUGGCUUUGGACUUAAAUUGAUAUGAACAGUUUUGCUACGAUGGCUUAGGACUACAAUUUCUUUGAUACCUUUAGGACUGCAAUGCGCACAAACAGUUUUGCACUCAAGUGUCAAUCAGUGAACAGCUGAUAGUUUCAACAAAUAAACUUCAUGUGUAAACUAUAAUGAACGAACUUUGUUACUUUUUGACCAUAUAGUAUACAGUUUAGAAGGGAAUUAUUUAUAAUCACUUAUCCGGUGUCACCCAGAGGAGGAUGGGUUCCCUUUUGAGUCUGGUUCCUCUCAAGGUUUCUUACUCAUAUUGUCUCAGGGAGUUUUUUCUUGCCACUAUCGCCUCUCACUUGCUCAUUAGAGAUAAAUUCAUACAUUUAAAAUUUAUAUCCUGAAUUUAUAUAUUUCCAUAAAGCUGCUUUGUGACAAUGUCCAUUGUUAAAAGGGCUACACAAUUGAAUUGAAUAACAUGGAUAAUGCUGCAUGCUGAAAUGUUGCGCAGAGCCAUGGUAUCGCAUUGUGUAAUACACUAGAACUAACACAAAGCAAUGCCCUCAUGCAGUCUGUUCUAAUGGCCCAAAGCAGUCCAUGCCAAUUCUUUUGAAAGUGACCUCGAUUAAGGAAAGAGGGCACAAUGGCACUUUUGGAGUGGCUGGCGGAUUCACCAGCUGACAUUUGUGACAUGCUGCACAUCUCCUGCGAGCAUCGCUCUGAAUACCUGGGCCAAUAGAAAUGGGCCAUGAGAUGGUUUAGUAUUUUAUCCUGCCCCAAAUGCCCAGCCAUUGGAUUAUGAUGAACCGCGUGAGGGAACAUUGAUCCUGGAUGCCAUGAUUCCCCGCAGCACCAACAAACCUGCCCAGGCUUUGCCCCACCUCUGAUCAGCACAAGAUGUUCCCCCUGUGCAGAGAGAGACAGAGCAUGGGGUCCAGAUUGUCAGAUUCACGGCCCCAGGACCUGAGAGCAAGAAAAUGGAGGGACGUGUGGACCAGGGGCCGCGGCCAAUGAUCCUCCACCAGCUGAACAGCUUUGUCCAGGGACACAGCUGGAGAAGUGGUGGGUUGCAGCAGCUUCUGGAGUGCCCAUCAGCUCUCAGCCUUCUUCUGCCCGAGGGCUUCCAAACGAAGCUGCUGCUUGUGAAGCAGGUUGAGAAGUGCUUGUUGUUGGGUUUGGUGGAGGCUGGCAAGGAACUUUUCACGUUAUACAUGCUCCCUUUAGGUAACAUAAUCCGUAAACAUAAUAUUAGCUUCCAUUGUUAUGCUGAUGACACACAGUUAUACGUCUCAGCUAGGCCAGAUGAGAAUAGCCAGUUAAAGAAAGUUGAGGCAUGUGCGAUAGACAUAAGAGACUGGAUGCUAAGCAACUUUCUCCUGCUAAACCCGGAAAAAACAGAGGUUCUGGUACUGGGACCACAAGCCGCUAGAAGUAAGUUUAAAGAUCACACUGUUACUUUAGACGGUCUCUCUGUUUCAAGUAGUCUAACAGUAAAAGAUCUCAGUGUGAUUAUAGACUCUAAUCUCUCAUUUGAGGCGCAUGUAGAUAAUGUAAGCAGGUUAGCAUUUUUCCACCUCAGAAAUAUCGCUAAGAUUAGAAAUAUACUUUCGCUAAGUGAUGCUGAAAAACUAGUCCAUGCAUUUAUCACGUCCAGAUUAGAUUACUGUAAUGCUUUACUAUCUGGAUGUUCGUCUAGAUGCAUAAAUAAGCUUCAGAUAGUUCAGAAUGCAGCAGCAAGGGUCCUUACUAGGACUAAGAAGUAUGAGCAUAUCAUGCCAGUCUUAUCUACAUUACACUGGCUCCCAGUAAGAUUCCGCAUCGAUUUUAAAAUAUUACUCCUAACCUAUAAAGCAUUAAACGGUCUCGCUCCGCAGUAUUUAAGCGAUAUGUUAGUACCUUAUGUUCCGCCACGCCUACUUCGCUCUAAGGAUGCAGGCUGUCUAUCAGUACCACGCAUUGCCAAAACCACGGCAGGGGGCAGAGCUUUCUCUUACCAAGCCCCAAAAUUAUGGAAUAGCCUCCCAGUUAAUGUACGUGAAGCAGACACGGUCUCAGUGUUUAAGUCGAGGUUGAAGACUUAUUUAUUUAACCUAGCAUUUAGCGACUAGUGUUUUAGACAAAGGAGUAGAUCUGGGGGACUCGUGGAUGUUGAGUGUUAUGGUGAUCUGGUGUGUUUGGAUGCUGUCUUCCUCACUCUCAUUAGUCACUCAGGUUUAUGACGGCAGAGUGACUGUAUGCCUUACAUAUCAGGGAUCUCUCAUGUCUGUGUUUCCCCCUGGUUCUCCUUUUAGUUAUGCUGUUAUAGCUAGUCCUGCGGGAGUCCCCUGCACUCCUCAUUAACUUUUAUCUCCACACGGUGACUGUGAGUGUACCUAACCACUUUCCUUCUCUUUCUGCCGAGCUACACUCCUGAGCUGCCGGUGAUCCAGACCCCCCUACGCUCUGGACCAGAUGAGCAUCACUCCUGAGCUGCUGGUAAUCCAGACCUCCCCCGCUUCACUCUGGACCUGUCCACCGGCAAUGCUUCACACUGCCACGAAGACGCUUCAGCUGUUUUCUAUGGACUACACAAACACACAUUGUACACACACACGCGCGCACUACAGUGUAAACCCAUAUGAGGAUGGGUUCUCUUUUGAGUCUGGUUCCUCUCAAGGUUUCUUCCUAUCACCAUCUCAGGGAGUUUUUCCUUGCCACCAUCGCCCUGCUUGCUCAUCAGAGACGUCACACACACACACUUCACUUUACUUUUGUUUGUGUAAAGCUGCUUUGAGACAAUGACCUUUGUAAAAAAAGCGCUAUACAAAUAAAAAUGAAUUGAAUUGAAGGGACUUCAUGGUCUUGCCAAGUGGGCAGUCCUCCCAGCUCCCGGUACCUCAAUCACGGCCCCACUGCCACACUCAUAAUUUAUAAUAUUCAUAAAGUAUAAUAUUUUAGGCUCCGCAUAAUACUUUCACUGUCAAUGCAGCCUUAUUGCUGUACAUACUGAUGUUUUAUAUCUUAAUUGCAUUUUUAAAUGUUAAAUUGUACAGCCGAUUUGCACCCAAUUAUUAACUUAGUUCUUUCAGUUUAUCAAUAUAAUUAGGAAUAAAAUGCAUAAUUUUACACUUUGAUAAAAAUACAAGAUGUGGCUCCUGAGUGGCACAACAGAAAAGCAUUCACCCUUUUGUAGAAAGAUUGAACUUUGAAUUCUGACAAUGCCACAGCCAUCCACGGCCAGGAGCCAAAAGAGCAAAACUGGCCGCAGUCUUUGGCUGGGUUGUGUGGCAUACUCUCUCUGCACUGUCAAUCACACUGACAGUAGCCAAUUGUGGACUUCUUUGAGCUCAUGUAUGCAAGCGAGUUACACUGUCCUGUGAUGCAGCAGUUCAAAAAGAUGCUGCCUUCACGUGUCUCAGAGGAAGCAUGUGUUAGCCUUCAUUCUUCACAGUUAUCAUAUGACAGGGGAAAGCUGGCUGGUGGGUGGGAAUUGGCAGGUGACCGAAUUCGUGAAAAAUAGGGGAUUAAAAAACAUUGCUUCCCUGUGAGCAUGUGUACAGAAUAGGGGUGGGUGA